ACAUACGCGUGAAGUCUUAGGCAUCGGCUCGCUGACCUGUUGGCGUGAAGGUAAUGAUGACUAGCGUGGACAAAAGUGAAGCGAUAACCCGAGAGUUUUCGAUGUCCGUUUGCCAUAGCUCGUGGAAGCCCCGUCUCGUCAUUUCGGCCAACCGCCUGGUGCCUACAGCUGCCGCCGUACUCACUUGAGUGCCAACGAAGGAGCAUGCGGCGGGCGGCGGCCUUCCUGCUGCUGUCGGCUCUGGUUUCGACCGCUCGCGCUGCCGAGCCCAUGCGCUGCAUCGUGCAGCCCACUCACGGCUCGGUGCUGGAGACGAGCUUCCUCGUGGGCUGCACGGGAGGAGAGGAGGGCGUCCCACUGCGCGUCUACCUGCGGGACCAUGCCACUGCCGGCCCCUACCAGGGUCGCCUUGUGCAUGUACUUCCGGGUCCUGGCGCGUACCGCGUAAAACUGCCCAUGGGCGACGCCGAGCAGGCCUACGCCAUGGGGCUGCACGUGCACGGCGCCGAUUCGCCGCCCACGAACGUCACCGUGACGCCGCCGCACCACUGCGAACCACUUGCACAACUGGUGGCGACCCCUGGAGGCGACGUGCCCGUUGACAGUUCGGUGCACCCGACGCUCUCUCUGGUGGCGGUAGCGGCGAGCUACGCAGCCGCCUGCGGACACUCGCCGGACUCGACGUCGGCGCUGCUUCUACCGCUGCUCCAGAGGGCGAGGGUGCGCACGCCGCUGCAGCUGGAGCACGGCGCCGAAGCACUGCGCGCUCUGGGAUUCGCAGUCGCAGGCACGUUGAAGCACACCGUGUACAUGAAACGGGGCAGCGGGCUGUCUUCUUCCGGCGGGCAGCUGGGCGUGACCAGGCUGGCGUCCCGUUGGGCGGGCGCCCUGCGCUCGCGGAGUCUGUUGUCGGCGCCGCAGCAGCCCAGGCUCGCCUCGUCUGUGGCACUGCUGCGCGCCGUGGCCACGCUGCACGGCAACGCGGUGCGAGAUCCCUCGUCGUGCCACCACGGACCGUCCAGGACCGUGCCCAGAGCUCUGCUGUCGACGCUGGACGAAGUGCAGCGUACCCUGGCGUCCUCGGUGCAGGACUCGCUGUCGCUGCACCUGUCCGGCUACGGGGUGUGCGUACGCGGUGCGCAACCACGCGAGCGCGUCACCACACUGGGGCUGCCCAACGGAAGCGUUGUCAACUUGGAGCCAGCCUCAGCUGCCAGGUGCCUCGUGAUGGACGUGAGUCCGUUCCCGUGCGCGGACGACUCGCUGCUGAACACGCAGUUCGUGAUGGUCAAGCGGGCUGACGGCCACGCGGCGGAUCAGGCGUCGAUAAUGGUCGAGCUGUUCCUGCGGAAGCGGCGGCCCGACUCACCGCUGGCCGCAAAUAACCGCGCGUACGCCAGUCGUGGCCUCGUCACACUGCACAAGUUGGACGUGCCGGCAGCCGCUGCGGGAUUCGACCUGCUUGUCCAUUUGGAGCCGGAGAGGCCCAUAGAUCUGCUCCAGGUGACGUUCAGCGCUGGUCGCGAGCCCACGGAGGCCGAGCUCCUGCGCAGCCCCGGUCCCGAGUGGCGCUCCAACCGCACGCUGGUGCCGCGGGUGGCUCUGGGCGGUCGCCCGCUGUUCGUGGCCGUUCGUCUGAAGCUGGAGUGGGGGGUGGGCGCCCUGCGGCCCGCCGACCCGCGUCGCGUCCGCUAUAGGCUGUGGACCGCGCUGGUGGCUUGCCGCAGCUGGCGGCGACCCGCGUGGUCGGGACGAGGCUGCGCCGCGGUUCUCGACUCGUCGUUGGAGACGCUGCACUGCCGCUGCUCGCACCUGUCGUGGUUCUCCGGCGCCCACUGGGUGGCGCCGAACGAGAUAUCCUGGAGGAAGGUGUCGCGCGGUGUCCGCGAGCGCCACCUGCUGGUCAGCAGCUGCGUGUUGGCCCUGUGGCUUCUGUACGGCGCCGUGCUGCUGUGGGCUCGCCGAGCAGACCAGCGGGACGAAGUCUACAACACGGUGACCGACCUGCAACAGAACCUGCCCACCGACCAGCAGCCCUACAUAGUCACCAUCAUCACCGGCUUCCGUCGCAACGCCGGCACCACCAGCAAGGCGCGUGCCUGUGCCCGUCUUUGGCUCUUGUUUUGCGUCACGUGAAGCUACUGUAUACACGCUCCCUACGGUAUCUUUAAGAGAAUGCGCAAUAACUGCACUAUUAAAGUGCGGGCAUAACCGUCUUACACGGCAAUGCGACGCUGCGACGUCGACUCUCCCGAUGUCACGAUGGCUUUUUCUUUUUCUUUUUUUGUCGUAGAUGGCUCCCGCCCCCGCUUUGAUCAUGCAAAAUAUUCGUUAUCUAUAAUCUGAACCGGAUGAAUUUUUAAAUCUUUUUAAUGAAACAUAGGUAUUAUUUGUGACAUACAAUUAUCCCAACGGAAAAAAUCAUUACGGUGUCAAGAAAUAUCUAUAUCGAAUACGUGACAUCACUAAUAAUCCCUCAAAAGUUAGUUAUGACUCUGUUUGUUAACCAGAUUGUCCAUCUAUUGUUUCAAAAAGCACAUUGCCUUAUACCAUAUCUCUCCAUAAGAAAAUGAACGUUAUAGCAUGAGCCAUUCUUGCUACUGAAGUUUCCUUCAUAACGUGAAAUAUUUUUGUACAAGAAAUUUAAACGUAUAGGCUAAUCCGGUACGAUUUUGCAUUGCGUUCCUUUAUACAGGCUAUUCAUAUGUAUGUGUUGCUUAUGUGCGAAACGCCUUUGGGUUUUUCACUGUCGAACAGAAUGUGUCUUCUUUCCAUUGUGUAUUUUUUGGAAUUGACUCUUGUGCCCCGUACCCAGCCACAUUAUCGUCUUCGGGUGAAUGUAGCUAUGCGAAUGAAUAAAUACCAUACAAGUUGAUUCUU